CAAUUUACUGAAAGGGACCGCCUUGGACCCGGUCCAGAUUCAGAUUGUGCGAUCGGAGGAUCCGACGGUUGUGAUUCAUUCCGUGACCAUCUGCCGAUCUUUCUUGGCAUUUUGCAGGGGAGGGAGGAAGGAACUUCUCUCUCUAUCUGAUCGCCAGACCAACCGGAGACCUAUCCUCCGCCGACAACGGAAUCACCGCCUGGAGCACAGCCGGACGGCCCGACCAGACCCAUCCAUCACUCAUCAUCGCGGGGGCUUGUGGAUAUCCCACAAGUAGAAUAGCAACAGUGGUUACCAAAUAUGGCUUCAAGGCGACAUGUUCGAUACAGCCGUCUUCCCGUUGAGGAUGUGGAUGAUGAUUUUGAUGGAAAAUACGAUCCUCGGUUCGACUACAUGCCUGGGUCCCUUGAUAAAGUUCCAUGGAAAUCCAUUGCCCUUGCAUUGUUCCUUCUCUCUCUGGGGUCGUUGCUUCUCUUUCUCGGAUUCUUCAUCUUGACCGGACACAUGGGUGGGGAAAAGUCCCAGGCCUAUGGUCUCUUGGCCCUCGGAUUCAUCACCUUUCUCCCAGGCUUUUAUGAAACCCGAGUUGCAUAUUAUGCCUGGCGAGGAGCUAAGGGAUACCGAUUUGCUUUGAUUCCCGAUUACUAAAGCCUCAUGCUCUAGUUCAUCUCUCUUAUAUGUGGUUAACGGGAGAUGAAGCAACAUGUCAGUUUAAAUAUCUGCUAAUUGGUCGGAUGAAUUUUGUGAUGUACAGUCAGAAUGAGCCAGCGGAGGGGAUCGAAGUACAACCACUGGAGAAGUCGAUGCCUCUGAAAUCCUCUGUUGUUUCAUUCAAACACGAUGAGUGAUUUAUAGAUAUUUGCUGUUAUAUAUGUAGCAGGCAACCUGUUCUUUAGUAUGAGGAUGAUCAUGGUAAAACUUUUUUGGCUAAACUUGGUUUCAAGAAAGACUACAUGAUCUUGUGCGGUGAUUAAAACUGGACCUCGACCAUCGAUGCAAGGAUCUUAAGAUGAACCAAAGCAGCCACUUCAAAUCCCAUUUGAUCUGAUUAAUCUCAUCCUGAUUAAUUGCACGUAA